AGAAGCCACCGUCCAACUGACUGCUGCAUAUAGUUCUCCGGAUAGAGUUGAGGAUUUCGUGUGGAGGUUUAAGAAUUUGUCGGAAUGCAAAUAGGCUCCGUGUGCUGUGGAGGAGGGAGCCAUCAAGGGAAGCGAAGGGUUGUUGCACUUUUAACAGCUCAGUAGCCAUUUGGUCUGUCCUCUUGAGAGAAGGGGGGCACUACCACCCGCCGCCUCCUCCUUUUUCUUUGUAAUGGCCCCGGGGCGGACUUGUGGUGGUGGUGGAAGGAGGGGACGGAGAGAGUCAGAGGGCCUCAUUUGCAUCUUAUUACCCUUCGCUUGCUGGCCCGGUAUAAAAUCCUGCGCAGGGGACGAAACCUAUCAGACUUACGCACUGAUACAUGUAAUCAAAGAGGAACGGAGGCUUGCUUUCUGUGUUUAGGAUGUGUGUUUUUUAGCAUCCGACAAGAAAUAAACUGGAACAAAUAAAGAAGACCGUCUUUUCUACAACGACUAGUUGGAAUUAACUCCGAUAUUCCCAUUCUGGAUUUCUUCAAAGGGGCUAUUCCGCUGGAUCUUACUUGUAUCUGUGAAAGUCAGAUUAAUUUUGAGAUAAAGUCCGACACUUUUGGGGGGUGAACAGAGGGACAGGUGACUCACACGCUGCAGGAAAAGUGACUUAAAUUUUAGCCUUGUGCGUAAAAAGUGCGCUUUGACUGUAGCACAGCGGACAGCUUUGAAAACUUUCUCCAUGAGUGUUUGAGUGUUGCUACACGGACCCACGGAGCUUUCACUGCUUGUUGAGGGGACUGUCAACACAAUGGGACGCCUGUGUCUGCUCCUGAUUGUCAGUCUGUCCUUACUCACCUGCCAGGUUUUGUGUUCCGGCGUGUUCGAGCUCAAACUGCAGGAGUUUCUCAACAAGAAGGGGAUACCUGGGAACGCUAACUGUUGUCCAGGAGGCGCAGCGCACCCGCAGGGCCACCAGCAGUGCGAGUGCAAGACUUUCUUUCGGGUCUGCCUGAAACACUAUCAGGCGAGCGUCUCCCCGGAGCCCCCCUGCACCUAUGGCGGCGCGGUGACUCCCGUGCUGGGCUCCAACUCCUUCCAGGUGCCGGAGACCAACGCUGACAGUUUCACCAACCCAAUCCACUUUUCCUUCGGCUUCACAUGGCCAGGGACGUUUUCACUGAUCAUUGAAGCUCUGCACACCAAGUCCCUGGACGACCUGACAACAGAGAACCCUGAGCGAUUGAUAAGCAGGUUCACCACACAGCGGCACCUUACCGUGGGAGAGGAAUGGUCCAAGGACAUGCAGACGGCCAGCAGGACAGAGCUGCGCUUCUCCUACCGCUUCUUGUGCGAUGAGCACUACUAUGGUGAUGGCUGCUCGGUCUUCUGCCGGCCUCGGGACGAUGCCUUUGGACACUUUACCUGUGGCGAGCGUGGGGAAAUCUUAUGCAAUUCCGGCUGGAAGGGCCAGUACUGCACAGAACCAAUUUGUCUUCCUGGCUGUGAUGAGGAACAUGGAUUCUGUGAUAAACCAGGAGAGUGCAAGUGUCGCGUGGGCUUCAGUGGGCGUUACUGUGAUGACUGCAUCCGUUACCCGGGGUGCCUCCAUGGCACCUGCCAACAACCGUGGCAGUGCAACUGCCAGGAGGGAUGGGGUGGACUCUUCUGCAACCAGGACCUAAACUACUGUACACACCACAAGCCUUGUCUUAAUGGAGCCACCUGCACUAACACUGGUCAAGGCAGCUACACAUGCUCUUGCCCACCUGGAUACACGGGUGCUAACUGUGAGAUCCAAGUCAAUGAAUGUUCAGGAAAUCCCUGUCGUAACGGAGGGAGCUGCAAUGACAAUGACGGUGGCUACAAGUGCACAUGUCCACUUGGUUUUUAUGGAAACAACUGUGAGUUAAGCGCCAAUACUUGUGCAGAUGGGCCUUGUUUCAACGGUGGACGCUGUGUAGACAACCCUGAAGGUGGCUACUUCUGUCAGUGCCCAUUGGGAUAUGCUGGUUUUACUUGUGAGAAGAAAAUUGACCAUUGCUCCUCCAAUCCCUGUUUAAACAGCGCAGAAUGUGUGGAUCUGGUGAACUCCUACCUGUGCCAGUGCCCUGAAAGAUUUUCAGGUCCCAACUGUGAGGUUAGCAGCAGUAUUUCUGGAUACUGUCAGUCCUUUCCUUGUCAGAAUGGUGGAACUUGCCAGGAGACAGUGGAUAGCUACACAUGCAAUUGCCCCCCAGGAUAUACUGGCAGAAACUGCAGCUCACCAAUCUCUCGCUGCAUUCACAACCCGUGUCAUAAUGGAGCCACUUGCCAUGAACGUGGCGGACGCUACGUGUGUGCCUGUGUGCCUGGCUAUGGUGGAAAUAACUGCCAGUUCCUCCUACCAGAAGUUCUCGGGGGUUCCCAGCCAGUCAUCGAUGGACCAGAUAGGCGAUAUUCAUCCUCAGAAAGUGGAAAUGCUGACAUUGAGGAGGAUGAUGACAGCAGAUUCCCAUGGACAGCUGUCUGUGCCGGAGUGUUCCUCGUUCUUGUGAUCCUGAUCAGUUGUUCUGUCCUAGUAGUCUAUGUUCGGGUCAAACUGCAAACCCGACACAAUCACAGCAGCGACAGUGUUCACAGUGACAGCCAAGAGACCAUGAAUAACCUCACAACCAAUAACUGUCUUCGAAGUGAGAAGGAGCUUGGUGGAAUGAUGACAACAUCAAUUAAAAACACCAAUAAGAAGGCAGAUUAUCAUGCUGACCUUGCUGGGUCACUUGGGGGCCUGAGCGGAAUCAGCAGCCUCAAUGGAUCUGAGAAAAAUGGCUUUAAGCCUCGUUACCCAAGUGUGGAGUAUAACUUGGUCCACGAACUCCGGCAAGAAGAUCUGUCACCAUUUGCAGAGGAGGAAUCUAAAGAGCCAGAGCACAAAUGUGAACCACUAGAUGAGCUGAUUACUGGGGAAGGAUUUAGGAAAAGACAAAACAGUGAUGCAUCGGAAAAGAAACCAGUGGCAGAGUCACCAGGAUGCAGCGAAACAAAAGAUCAAUCAACCACUGAUUUAAACUGUCACGCAGCGAGGGAUCCUCAGUACCAGUCAACCUGCGACCUCAAAUACCAGUCGAGCAGUGAGGCUGGGUAUCCCACUGCCAGUGACACCCGGUACCCCUGUUCCAGCGACACCAAAUACCAGUCUGUCUACGUCAUAUCAGACCAGAAAGAUGAAUGUAUCAUUGCUACAGAGGUAUAAUGAUGAUACCAGAUUCCUAUGGUUGAUGUUGUCCAUGCACACCAACCGUGAGCAGUAGAGCUCGGCUUGUUUCUGGGAGGUUUUACUCCUGCUGUUUGCUGCUGUUCCCUGGGAUUUCCUAGAGGACUUUGAGCCAAGGUAUUGAGGCACCAGUGCCGAGUCUUUACCUGCUUGGCCAUGACUGAGGACUACAGUGAUGCUACGGGUGAAUAUAGAAACUUCUUGGCCUUCGAUGGACGCAGGUCUAUUGGUGACUCUAUGCUAUGGAUGAAGCGCCAGAAUAAAGUGCCAGCACUCGUACAGACUUUAUACAGACAUAAUGCUGAUUCAGACAGUCAAAGACUGCUGGAGAACUCAUUAGGAGCUUACCUGAUGUCUCCUUGCAGCACUGGAAGAUUUACAGCUCAUAAGUGGAUGAACUGUUCUCUCCUGAUAAGCAGCGGAUCAUUGACUUGGAUGUUGACCGAUGAUAUUGUACGGUGGUGUACCGACUCAUUGAACAAUGUAGUACCUUUAGUGUACUGAAAACCUUUAAAGUACUGCUGUAGUACUGUUAUGUGCUGUGGUUUCACAUUGCUGUGUAAAAUCUGUCCUGGAUUUCCAAUUGUUUAUGUUCUGUGCAGUGCUGGAGAGUAGAGUAUGAAGCUGUUGCAAAAGUAGGAGUACCUGUAUUUAUAGGCUGCCCAUUUUUAGGAAUUCAUUCUGUAAAUCUCAAGCAGAACUUUCCAUACAAGAUUAUAUAAAUUUUAGGACCAAUUGUAGGACAGCCGAAUACCUUCAACUCUACAGCACUGACAGAUGUGGCUGAGCUGGUUCUCAGCAGGAAACAGAGAACUGAAAACUCCAGUAGUGACUGCAGAUCAAUCCACCAUGGAUGCUGUUGGGCCAUACUGGCCUCUGAACCCUGAAAAGUCAAGGGCAAGGAAUACAAGACAAAAUAAAUCAAACAAAUACAUGCAUGACAUUUAAGUAUCAAAUCAUCUGUUCAACUUAAAACAGACAGUUUGGCUUUUUUUACUGACCUCUUAAUGAUGAUGUUUUUCCAAGAGAACAAGGCCUAGCUAUAAAGUCUUAACUGCCAAGACCUUAUUGCACUAUAGAGGUGUGUGUGUAUAUGUGUGUGUGCGAGUGUGUGUACAGAGGACGUAAAUGACCGCAUUUGGUGUCGAUGUAUACACUGCCCACUCCCGCCCCAGUCUUGCGCUAUCAGCCAAUUCAAGGACACCAUCACACUACCUGCCACUGGUUAGGAUCUCUUGUUUUGUUUUUUAAAUUUUAUUUGUUAUCUAAAGAAAGAUGUAUGCAUUUAAUUUAAUUAUGUAAUUAUUUUUGCUCUAUUUUGUUGUGCUGUUUUUGUUAAGUCCAUUAUAAUUUAAGUUGUGUUGUUUUUAUUUGGCAGAUGGUGUAUGUAUGUACGUAUGUAUGUAUGCAUGUGUUAGGCACUUGAGACCACUGUGACUGUGUUGUAUUUAAGAGAAAAGUCGUAUGUACAAAACCUGUCAUUUUUUAUAACUGGAAAAUGAAAUAUUUUUCCAAAAUUAAAGAGAAACGAAAUCUA